UAUUACAGGUAAGAUGAGUUCUACUGAUGAUAUUAGGACUAUUCCUGAAGUAUCAAUCAAUAUUCACAGUUCCACCACUUUUCAUGGAUUCAAACGUAUUGAACUUGCCAAAAGAUCAAAGCCAAAACGAAAGCUGAAAUUCAAUGGUCAGCAUUUCACUCUAACCCCAGUUAAGGAUUGUGAUGAGGAAAUGCAUUUCCUGAAAAUAAUUACAAAAAACAAUCAGAAAAGGAUCCAUGUGUACCCAUCCAUGAAGUCCAAGAAAAAGUACAGAAAGAGGAAAGACAAAAAGAAACUGAGACAACAGUAUUCCAUCCCUUUUUUAUCGAUUGAUGAAGAUGAUGAUUAUGAAUCUGAGGAUGAAGAAAUGACGGAAGAGAGAAGGAAAUGUAUUCAAGAAAAAGUUAUCAAUGGCAAAUUCUUGUUUACCAAAAAGGAAGAAAAAGAUAUCCAUGAGAGGGCAGAGGAAUAUUGUAGGAGUGUAACUGCAGAUAUUUAUCAUUUUGUUAAGCCCGGAGGCUCUGAAUUAUGUUGUCCAGAGCCGUGUUUCAUUGUAAACGUGGACGGAUCUGUGAAGGAGUUUCCACAGCCAGCAAAAAGGAAGAAGGGGAGCUACCUCACUGACAGCUGUUAUAUUAAAAGUCAUGAUUUUCUGGACCCCUAUGACAACACCAAAAUGCUGCCUACUGGUACCAGACUAUUGCGGCCAACAAGAAAGCUAGUGGAAAUUGUGGCUAAAGUGCUCCAUGACAGUCCAGAUGGCCUACUGCAAGUCCCCCAAAUCUAUGCUGCUCUGCAGAACAAGUAUCCGUACUACAGAUACAUGGACAAACCCAGUAUCAGCAGCUGGAGGUCCUCCAUUCGCCAUGCUUUGUACCAGAAGUGGUUUAGGAAGAUCAAGUUCUCAGUCUCACAGAUCAGAUGUAAAGGUUCCUACUGGGCCCUGAACACAGAUGUCGACCCACCAACAUUUAGACCUCCCAGCAAUGAAAGGUCCUCACAGCCAACAAAAGACAUUGAAUCACCAACCCAAGAACACAAUCCUGUUCCGAAAAGAAAAAGAAGAUCAAAAAAGAAGAAAAAUGAAGGGAAUAUGUGCCGACUGCAGUUCAAACCCAACGGAGAGCUGUUAGAAAUGAAAGAAGAUACAAAGGAGGGAUGGAAUCACAAUGUUACCAACAGUUUGGAGGCACUUCUGAAGGUAGCCAAACAGUAUGGACUGAAGAUAUCUCUGACUGCUACCCCCGUGACAGAGGAGAGUGAUGUGAGACAGAGCCCAGUACAUCGGUGUGACCCAAUCCUCUCUAGCUGGCCUUCAUCACAUCUAAAUGCUUCUGGUGGACCAGUAAAUUCUUUUUGUGAGAGUGACCCAAAUAAUGCAAACUAUUCAUCUGCAGCAAUAGACAACCGAGACUUUGAAAAGGAAUUUGUUUCCAACCCAUUGCUACACAAUAUCAGCCCAUGUUUCUCCAGUAUCAAUUCAUGUUGUAAUGAAGCAAGCUCCUCUAGAUGUGACUACAUUAUGAUUCCAUCAUUCAGUCCAUGCUCCAGUCUCAAACAGAUGCACCUUUCAAAGAAAAACCAAAGUCAUACUCAGGAAAUGCUAGGCAACAUGAAAACAAUUUUCACCGACUCAGAAACAUUGUAUGUGAGUAAAAAUGAGGAUACCACAGACUCAUAUAUUGAUGAGCGAUUCUCAUUGCAAGACUUAGAGGAGGUUGAAGAAAACAGUGAAAGUGAAGAGUUGUUUAAUGCAGUAAACUCUAUUUGUGAUAACAUAGACGACCAUGAUCACAGCAGACUGCUUGAAGGAGAUAUUUUAAGGGGAGGUCACACACUGCCUGAGUUCUGCAGUAUUCCUCAAUCCUCAGGAUCAGAGGACCGAAAACUCUCCCCCUUUCCUAAUUCUGGAAAUGACUUGACACAGGACAGUUCCCUGGAUGAUUUUCUCAAUAGCGUGCUGAAAAUGGGAGGAAAUCUGGGGGACACCCCAUUUGAUGAAGAGCAGGUAGUUGAUGAUUCUCUUUUUGACUUCUCUUUGAUUAAUGAGGACUCUUUCUUCCAAAAUUGCCAGCUUUUUGAUGAGCUUGACAGUUAAAAUGCAGAAAAAAAUGUUUGGGUAUAUUCUAGUUACUCAUUGUUUAUUUUGUUGAUUUUAGUUUGUAUCAUUGUCAUGUUGUUAUAUUCAGUUGCUAUACCUGUUGUAUAAUUGAUAAUAUUAAUGCUAUGUUUUCAGUUCUGGCAAUCAUUAGUAUGAGCAAAUUCUUCGUCCACUAGAAUUGCAAAUUUGGUAAGUUGAGCGAGCAUGUGUAAAAUACAUUUUGUUAUAUAUGCAUGCAACUAUAGAGAGCAUGAAACAAAUUCUGCAUGUACAAUUUCCUAAUAAUAUUUAUAUUGUAAAAAUAAUAGUAUGUAUAUUAAUAAACAUUUUGAUAAAUACUUUUCUUUUUCAUGUGUUUU